AUGUCAGAAGUAGACCCCAAUGCCAUGGACGAGGUAUCCGAGCAAGAAUUUGACGCAGACAAGAUAAAACUCUUGCCUGGAUCAUCUGAAGAUGGUACUGCUGCCACAUUCCAGAUUAUAGAUGAAGACCAUACUUUGGGUAACACCCUUCGAUACGUAAUCAUGAAAAAUCCCGAAGUUGAGUUUUGCGGUUAUUCGAUUCCACAUCCAUCGGAGAACAAGAUGAACAUCCGUAUUCAAACAUAUGGCAAUAUAUCGUCGGUGGAAGCUUUGCAUCAAGGUUUGGACAACUUGUCGGAACUUUGCACGGUUAUUGAAACCAAAUUUAGUGAGAAAAUCCUGGCUGGAGGCUACCUGGCGGAAGAGCCAUAA